AUGAUGAAAGAUGGGGCAAACAAAGAUGUUGCGAAUUAUGGUGGUAAGAUAUUCUUGCCUCAAUCUGCAUUACAUAAAUUAUCCAUGCUAAAUAUCAGAUAUCCAUUAUUAUUCAAAUUAUCAAAUACUAAUACAGGGAAACAUACACAUAGUGGUGUUUUGGAAUUUACAGCAGAUGAGGGAAGAUGUUAUUUACCGGAUUGGAUGAUGGAUACUCUUGGUGUUAGCCCAGGGACUGUAGUGAAAAUUGAAACUACAGACUUGGCCCAAGGUAAUUUCGUUAAGCUAGAACCUCAGUCAGUCGAUUUCUUAGAGAUAAGUGAUCCGAAGGCAGUGUUGGAGAAUGCUUUACGAAAUUUUACAACCUUAACUGUCGGUGAUAUCAUUGAACUGAAAUACAACAAUAACGUUUAUAAAAUAAAAAUUCUAGAGGUCAAACCAGAAUCUCCGUUGGGGGGUAUAUGUGUUAUUGAGACUGAUUUAGUAACUGAUUUUGCAACCCCUGUUGGGUAUGUCGAGCCUGAUUAUGAAAAACUCAAGGAGGAAAACAAUAAAAAAAAGAGAGAGCAAGCAUUGUCUGCUCCAUCUUUAAAGGGCAAAGGCACGAUGGCAACGAAGAUAAAUUAUGGAAAAAUUAUUGGGUCUUCGAAAGAUAAUGAAAACAAAAGUUUCCAAGGGCAAGGAGUAAAACUAUCGGGUAAGAAAGUUAGUGAUGUUUUGGAAAAAAAGUUUGAGACUGAAGAUUUGGAUUUAACUGGUCCUGUAAAACCACUAGAGCUUCCUCCCGGUUAUCUGUUUUUUGGUUUCCCGUACAAACCAUAUGUCGAUGAAUUUGAAGCUGCGGAAAAGGAAAGAGACUCCAGAGAAACAAUUGUUGUGUUUCAAGGCCAGGGGCAAAGUUUGAGGGCUAAGAAGCGGAAGGAUAAAAACAAAGGGCAUAUACCUAGCAAAAACAAAGUUCGAUCUCCGGAAGCUAUAGUUAUCGAUUCCGAUUAA